AUGAGCAGGGAUAGAACACUACAAGAAGUGAGCAGGCAUAGAACACCACAAGAAGUGAGCAAGGAUAGAACACCAGAAGAAGUGAGCAGGGAUAGAACACCACAAGAAGUGAGCAGGGAUAGAACACCACAAGAAGUGAGCAGGGAUAGAACACCAGAAGAAGUAAGCAGGGAUAGAACACAAGAAGUGAGCAAGGAUAGAACACCAGAAGAAGUGAGCAGGGAUAGAACACCAGAAGAAGUGAGCAAGGAUAGAACACCAGAAGAAGUGAGCAGGGAUAGAACACCAGAAGAAGUGAGCAGGGAUAGAACACCAGAAGAAGUGAGCAGGGAUAGAACACUACAAGAAGUGAGCAGGAAUGGAACACCACAAGAAGUGAGCAAGGAUAGAACACCAGAAGAAGUGAGCAGGGAUAGAACACCACAAGAAGUGAGCAGGGAUAGAACACCACAAGAAGUGAGCAGGGAUAGAACACCACAAGAAGUGAGCAGGGAUAGAACACCACAAGAAGUGACCAGGGAUAGAACACCACAAGAAGUGAGCAGGGAUAGAACACCAGAAGAAGUGAGCAAGGAUAGAACACUACAAGAAGUGAGCAGGCAUAGAACACCACAAGAAGUGAGCAAGGAUAGAACACCAGAAGAAGUGAGCAGGGAUAGAACACCACAAGAAGUGAGCAGGGAUAGAACACCACAAGAAGUGAGCAGGGAUAGAACACUAAAAGAAGUGAGCAGGGAUAGAACACCACAAGAAGUGAGCAAGGAUAGAACACCAGAAGAAGUGAGCAGGGAUAGAACAUCACAAGAAGUGAGCAGGGAUAGAACACCACAAGAAGUGAGCAGGGAUAGAACACCACAAGAAGUGAGCAGGGAUAGAACACCACAAGAAGUGAGCAGGGAUAGAACACCACAAGAAGUGAGCAAGGAUAGAACACCACAAGAAGUGACCAGGGAUAGAACACCACAAGAAGUGACCAGGGAUAGAACACCACAAGAAGUGACCAGGGAUAGAACACCACAAGAAGUGACCAGGGAUAGAACACCACAAGAAGUGACCAGGGAUAGAACACCACAAGAAGUGAGCAGGGAUAGAACACCACAAGAAGCGAGCAGGGAUUGA